AUGGAAGAUUUCAUAAGCUUAUACCAAGUUGAAGCCACCACUCUGUCAGAACCAUGGGUCCACUCCCUCAUCAUCAAGGUAAUUGGGAAAUCAUUCUCGGUGGAAUUCCUAAGAACUUUUCUUCAGAGAAUCUGGAAGCUACAACAACCCCUACAACUUAUUGCGCUAGGAAAAGGUUUCUACAACGUGUCUGUGCCAACAGAGGAAACAAGAGAAUCAAUCCUAUCAAAUGGGUCAUGGUUCAUUGCGGGUCACAUGCUAAUUGUGCAACCAUGGACCCUGGGGUUCAAACAGUCUCAAGCUGUAAUCUCAAAAGCCCCUAUUUGGGUAUCACUACCGGAGCUGCCAAUUGAGUUCCACUCAUUACCAAUUUUGCAGAGAAUUGCAAACGAAAUUGGAAGUUUCAUCAAAACAGAUAUGAAUGCAAUAGAACAAAACAGAGUCAGGUUUGCAAGAAUCCAAGUUCCGUUGGAUCUUGCAAAACAGAGGAAGGAGAAUGUGUGGUUAGGAGCAUUCAAACAAAGAAUUCAAUAUGAAGAAACCCCACAAUUUUACUGUGUAUGCAAAACAAUUUUCCAUGGAAAGGAGAGAUGCCCUAAGAGACCAGUGGAAAGAGAGGAGCAAAAGAACGGCGAUGAAGAAGAACAAAUCUCAACCAUUGAAAAAACGGUGCAACACGUGGCACUCAAGAAAUGA